AUGCAAACUGAGCAGCUCACACAAGUUCACCUCGGGGAUGAUCAUGGAGAGACCCGGCCUAUUUCGCAACAGAACUUCGAUGUGGCAUCCUUCUCUAGUGAGGAAGCUCGGUUCCAGGAAAAGCUCCUCAACCUAUGCCCUGCAAAUCUCUGGCCCAAGGCUUCGUACACGACAGGAUGUCCGCGACCUGUACUAGUGGGUCAAUAUCAUCAGCAGCAGCUGAAGGAUCUUCAUGAAGCCUUGACAGCGGCCAUCACGGAUGUUGUGCAACGCUGGUGGAGCGACAAAGAUGCACGGUUCCCAGAACGCAUGCCGCUCGAGGACAAAGAGGAGGAGCUCCUGCAAUGGAUCGAAGGCCAGGUCAUGAUCGGAAACCUACCGCAGUUCUCGCAGUGUCGGGGAUCAUGGCGUCCAGACUUUCUCGUGGAGGACAACGGCGAGCGCGAAGAGAACUACUGCAUUACGGAGAUCAAUACGCGUUUCUCCUUUAACGGAUUCAUGCACGAGGCUUAUGGCCAAGCGGCAACCAACGAGAGCCUAGAGAGCGCGGAGACGGUGCUUAUGCCCGCAACUGACCCGGACACUAUACUAGAAGGACUAUUCAACUUAUUCGAUCCCGAAUAUCCACUCCAUCUUUUAAAAGGUACCGAAAAUGGCAUUGACAUACACAUGUUCAUCAAUGCCGUCUGGCGUCGGUUCGGCGUAAAGCCACGGCUCAUCGCACCCGCUGAUCUCAGGCUAUUCCCAGAUGCACGUAGCAAAAGCGGGUUCCGGCUGUGCUCCGUAAUACACGAUCGCGAUGGCCAAGUCCUCCAUACCUGGAGAUUUGUAGCUCCGUACGGUGAGAUCUGCGAAGAGAUAUAUCAGGUUGGGCUUGAGUUACAUCAACGUGAACUCCUUGCUCUAGAGCCGGAAAUGUUACGUCAGAUCAGCCUGCGGUGUUUCAAUGAUAUGCGGACUAUACUUCUCGUACAUGACAAGCGGAUGUUGGGCAUUGUGAGAAAGGAGAUUCCGCAGCUAGUGGCGCGAGGAGUAGUCACCGCAGUUCAAGCUGAAGCCUUACGUCUCGGCAUCGCGGAGACACUAAUUUCUGGUUCGAAGGAGUUGAAAGAUCUGCUGCAAGUAUCCCUUACUUCUCCCGGCUUGAGACACGGCUACAUCCUGAAGCCGAUCCGCAGUGGCAAAGGUAAUGGCAUCAUUUUCGGAGACGAUGUCACGGCACCCGAAUGGAUAUCUCUUCUUCAAGCUCUCACAUCGCCCGGUGAGAUUUCAGCAGAGCUGUGCGUGGUACAGAGGCGUAUCACCCCGCAAGGAAUGGUUCGAUAUCCUCUGGUCGGCACGUAUCACGUUACGAACGGGGAGUUGCUCGGUCUUGGUACCUGGCGAGCGAGCGGAGGCCGAAUUGUUGCUGUAGCCUCUGGAGGAUCUUGGAUUUGUUCAGUCAUGAAAGGUGUGAGAGAUUUUCAGGAAGAAUGA